AUGUCGAAGCUCAUCGUCGUCCUCGGCGCCACCGGCACCCAAGGCGGCUCCGUGGUCAACACGUUCCUCGACACUCCCGGCUGGAAAAUUCGGGCCGUCACCCGCAACGCCAAUAGCGCGGCGGCCCAAGGACUCAAAUCCAAAGGCGUGCACGAGGUGGUCACCGCAACGCUCCACGACGUAUCUUCCCUCACCGAAGCCUUCAAGGGCGCGCACACCGUCUUCAGCGUGACCGAUUUCUGGGGCCUGUAUUACGAUCCAGGGAACACGGAAAAGGCCGCAGCGUCGGGCCUGCCGAAGAACGUCUGGGCUUCUCGGGUCGAGGAGCAGCAGGGCAAGAACGUGUUUGAUGCGGCAGCCAACACGGACGGGCUCCAAAGGUUGAUCUUCUCGGGCCUGUCGAAUGCCUCGAAGUGGUCUCGGGGAAAAUAUACCCACGUGUAUCACUUCGACUCGAAGGCCCGGGCGGCCGAAUACGGCCAGGCGACGUACCCGGAGUUGUGGGCCAAGACGAGCGUCCUGCAGGUUGGGUUUUACUUGUCGAAUCUGUUGACCGCGCCGUUUAUGAGGCCGCAGAAGGACGAGAACGGCAUCUACGUCUUCUCCUACAACUUCCCGAUGACUGUCAAGUUGCCCUUGAUCGCCACGGAGGAGGACACCGGGCCCUUCACCCGCGCUCUCGUGGAGGCGGCGCCAGGCAAGAAUCUGAUCGCCUACCGUGCCUGGAUGACAAUGGACGAGUACCUGCAGAUUGUGUGCGCAGUCAAAGGCGUCAAGGCCGUGAAUCAAAAUGUGCCUCUCGAUGCAUCUUCUGGAUCGCUCCCGGAGGAGCUGGUCGCCGAGUUGGCGGACAACGCCGGGUACUUUGAAGAGUUUGGGUAUGAAGGCAGGGACGAUCCGACGCUCGUGCAUCCCAGAGACGUAAGUGCGACCUGCGCGGUAUAG